AAAAAAAAUCGUACCAUCUUUGCUUUUUCUUUUAUUUUCUUUCUUUACCUCUUAACACUUUCCACGCAUUAAUACACAAAAACAAAAACACAGAAUCCACAAUAUUGUGUGUCUCUCUCUCUCUCUACUAGCUCUCCAAGUUUAGAGAAAAAUAUAUCAAAACUCAUUUCUUGAUCUUACAAGAGCUUCUCAAUUCUGAAUAACCCUAAGUGCCAUAAACCAUUUUUUUUUAUGUUGUCGCUUUUUGUUGUGAUUAUUAUAUAAGCUUAUAAUCUUUUAUUUGGUAUAACAUGUGAUGAGAUCUCCUCACAUCACCAUUUCACUUGUUUUCUUGUUCUUUCUUUUUCUAAUCAUCCAAACCCAUCAAAGAACCAUUGAUCAAACUCACCAGAUUGGCUCCAAUGUUCAACAUGUCAGUGACAUGGCGGUGACUUCGCCUGAAGGGAAAAGAAGAGAGAGGUUUAGAGUUCGGCGGCCGAUGACGACAUGGCUGAAGGGAAAGAUGAUCGGUGCCAAUGAACAUGGAGUCCCAAGUGGUCCAAAUCCCAUCUCCAAUAGGUAGAGAAAUAUUUAACUAUAGAGCUUGUUGUAUGAAUAUGUUACCUAGUAUGAUAGUAUAUAUCUUUGCUUAUGAGAUCGUACGUACAAAAAUCAACAAUUGUUAUGUUGCUUGUUUGAUUCAAAAAUUAGAAACUUCCAUUUUGGCAGGUAAAACUAUUUUUGUGGGAGUUAAAUGGUUC